AUGACGUCCAGAAAGAAAGUGCUUCUGAAGGUCAUCAUCCUGGGGGAUUCUGGGGUUGGCAAGACUUCUCUUAUGAACCAGUAUGUUAAUAAGAAAUUUACUAACCAGUACAAAGCCACAAUUGGGGCUGACUUUCUGACCAAGGAGGUGAUGGUGGAUGACCGGCUGGUCACAAUGCAGAUAUGGGACACAGCUGGACAAGAGCGAUUCCAGUCACUUGGUGUGGCCUUCUACCGAGGGGGCGGACUGCUGCGUUUUGGUGUUCGAUGUCACUGCGCCCAACACUUUCAAAACCUUGGACAGCUGGAGAGAUGAAUUCCUUAUUCAGGCCAGUCCACGAGACCCUGAAAACUUCCCUUUUGUUGUUCUGGGAAACAAGAUAGACCUCGAAAACAGACAAGUCACCACAAAGCGAUCACAGGUCUGGUGUCAUAGCAAAAAUAACAUCCCGUACUUUGAAACCAGUGCUAAAGAGGCUAUAAACGUGGAGCAGGCUUUCCAGACCAUUGCACGGAACGCACUUAAACAGGAAACAGAGGUGGAGCUCUACAACGAAUUCCCAGAGCCCAUUAAACUGGACAAGAACGACCGGGCAAAGGGCUCGGCGGAGACCUGCAGCUGCUGA